AAAGGCUCGCGGGGAAGAAGGAGGGAGGGGAGGGGGUGGCCGGCCGGGCCUGCGCCGGGCGGAGUGGCGAGCUGAAGGGAAGGGGCCCGGAAGGAGGCGAGCGCAGCCCGUGACGCUUGGAGCCGGACGCCCCCGUGCCCGCCGGCCGCCGCCUUCCCGGCCUGUGCUUCAGCCUGGAGCCCGCGGCCGUCAAGGCCGGAGCGCGAAGGGUCCGGCGCGGGGCGAGCGGGGGCCGGAGCCGAGGCUGCCGGCCGUCCAGCGCGGUUAGGCAAAGGAGGACUAGAGAGGCCGGGAGAAGCAGGCAAUCGGAUUUUUCCAGGAGGCUGGUGUGGAAGAAAAUCCCACCCGAACUCAGAUCCACAUAAUCAUCCAAACUCCUCAUAAUAAGGAGCAGUGUUCAGGGCCGGGAGAGUGGGAGCGAAGGGGCUAAACGGGAGGAAGCGAAAUCUCCGUUUCAUGGAGGCUGAGGCAACAGAAAAUUCGGAGCCUGGAUGUGGACAAGCAAAACAGAACUAACUCAGGGAAUGUCUUUCAGAAAAAGGCCGAACCUAGGCUGGGUCUGAGAAUCAGGCUGGGUGGGUAGAGAAACGUAAGUUUAAAGGAAAAGAAAAAGGAGAGAAGAUUUUCAGAGAUUUUCUCUGUUUUGUGGUUAUUGCUACCAUUUUAAAGGUGAAAAGCAUUGCAUUUCAGGUGUUUUUUAAUUUUUUUCUAGUGCGAUCGGCUCAUUAAUAAUUUCAGACCUUUGAUGUAAAAGCUUUUUUGGUUUUAAAGGAAAUUCAUAAUUUUGGUACCUAGGGUUGUACUGGACCUUGGAAGGAAGUGCUUUUGUUUACAUGCUAUUGUUGGUUUGAUUUUUUUCUUUUACUGUCCAGCAAAUCAGCUGGAAGAUUUUUUUCCAGGUGCCAAUUCGGAUUAUUCAUAAAUUUUUUCUUCCCUCAAAUGUAUCUGUUGUCAUUGUAGCCGUGAAGACCAGAGAUUUUUUCCCCCUUUGGAGCUUGAGGUGCUUUUACCAACAGGACAGCUGGGAAAACUGGAUUAAAAGGAUGGUUUUUAUCUGUAUUUUGCAGUAAGACUGAUAUUUUGAGGGCAUAUUCCUCUCUGUAUUUCAUUUUUUAUAGCCCAUAGCACUAACCAUUUAGAGAUUUGUGGUUGGGUUUUGGUUUCUAAGGUCAUAGUUUUUUAUUUUUCUUUCGCCUUUUUCUUUUUUUUUUUUUUAAGGAGGGGGAAGGGUGAAAGGGGACUAAGAAGCAGACCAUAUUAACUGGUAAAGUAGAAUGGAGCUUCAGUUACUAGGGUCCUGAGAGCUGGAGGAAAAAGGAUUCAGACUUCAAGUUGGGAGGCCCUCCUCUCACCUUCUUAAAAAUUGCCAAGGAUUCAGUCCUGAUCAAGACAUCAGUACCACAGGAUUCUGAAACCGUGGAGACAUCGAGAAACCAUGAGUGUAAGGUUACCCCAGAAUAUAGACAGAUCAGCUAGUAAAAAGCAGUCUCACCUGUCCAGGUUAAGUAGCCUGUCUUUGGGAGACUCAGCACCUGAACGCAAGUCCCCUUCCCACCACCGCCAACCCUCUGACGCCUCUGAGACAACAGGUCUUGUCCAACGCUGUGUCAUCAUCCAGAAAGACCAGCAUGGCUUUGGCUUCACUGUCAGUGGGGAUCGCAUCGUUCUGGUGCAGUCUGUGCGGCCCGGAGGUGCGGCCAUGAGAGCUGGUGUGAAAGAGGGCGACCGCAUCAUCAAAGUGAACGGCACCAUGGUGACCAAUAGCUCACACCUGGAAGUAGUGAAGCUUAUCAAAUCUGGUGCCUAUGUUGCACUGACCCUUCUGGGCUCUUCACCCUCAUCCAUUGGUGCCUCUGGGCUCCAGCAGGACCCAGACCUAGCAGGAGCUCCCCAGGUCACCCCUGUGAUCCCACUACCACCACCUCCUCCACCUCUGCCACCUCCACAGCGCAUCACCGGACCCAAACCUCUCCAGGAUCCUGAAUUUCAAAAACAUGCCACCCAGAUCCUUAGGAAUAUGCUGAGGCAGGAGGAAAGAGAGUUACAGCGUAUCUGUGAGGUGUAUAGCCGGAACCCCGCCAGUCUGCUAGAAGAGCAGAUCGAAGGUGCCCGGCGGCGAGUCACUCAGUUACAGCUGAAGAUCCAGCAGGAGACUGGUGGCUUAGUGGAUAUACUUACACUACAUGGUGACACCAGCCAGAGAUCAUCAGAAGGCCGACUUUCUCUGGAUUCACAGGAUGGGGACAGUGGCUUGGACUCUGGGACAGAACGCUUCCCUUCUCUCAGUGAGUCAUUGAUAAAUCGGAACUCAGUACUGUCAGACCCUGGACUAGACAGUCCUCGAACCUCCCCUGUGAUCAUGGCCAGGGUGGCCCAGCACCAUAGGUGGCAGGGCUCGGACACACCAGGCCCCCCCACCAGCGACCAGCAGGGUGUAGAUCAAAGCCCAAAGCCUUUAAUUAUUGGCCCAGAGGAAGAUUAUGACCCAGGUUAUUUCAACAACGAGAGUGACAUCAUAUUCCAGGAUCUUGAGAAACUUAAGUCACGGCCAGCUCACCUGGGGGUUUUUCUACGUUACAUCUUCUCUCAGGCGGAUCCGAGCCCACUGCUUUUUUAUUUGUGUGCAGAAGUUUAUCAGCAGACAAACUCCAAGGAAUCCCGAAGCUUGGGAAAAGACAUCUGGAAUAUUUUCCUAGAAAAAAAUGCGCCACUCAGAGUGAAGGUCCCAGAGACAUUACAGGCUGAAAUUGAUUUGCGGCUGCGAAGCGGUGAGGACUUGCGCAGCGUUCUCUCUGAAGCUCAGGAGGCAGCCAUGCCAGAGAUUCAAGAGCAGAUCCACGACUACAGAACAAAGCGCACUCUGGGACUGGGCAGCCUGUACGGUGAAAACGACCUGCUAGACCUGGAUGGAGACCCUCUCCGAGAACGUCAAGUGGCCGAGAAGCAGCUGGCUGCCCUGGGAGAUAUUCUGUUCAAAUACGAGGAAGACAGAAGCACUCCCAUGGACUUCGCUCUCAGCACCUACAUGAGCCAUGCUGGGAUCCGGCUUCGAGAGGCUCGGCCUUCCAGCACGGCUGAAAAGGCCCCAUCUGCUCCUGACAAGGACAAGUGGCUGCCCUUCUUCCCAAAGACCAAGAAGCAGAGCAGCAAUUCCAAGAAAGAAAAGGAUGCCUUGGAGGACAAGAAGCGAAACCCCAUCCUCAAAUACAUCGGGAAGCCCAAAAGCUCAUCACAGAGUACAUUUCAUAUUCCCUUGUCCCCUGUGGAAGUCAAACCAGGCAACGUGAGGAACAUCAUUCAGCACUUUGAGAACAACCAGCAGUAUGAUGCCCCAGAACCUGGGACACAGCGACUCUCAACAGGAAGCUUUCCCGAGGACCUGCUGGAGAGUGACAGCUCUCGCUCAGAGAUUCGUUUGGGCCGCUCUGAGAGCCUGAAGGGCCGGGAGGAGCUGAAACGCUCUCGGAAGACAGAGAACGUGCCCCGCUCUCGCAGUGAUGUUGACAUGGAUGCCGCAGCGGAGGCUGCCCGCCUCCACCAGUCAGCCUCAUCAUCGGCCUCUAGCCUCUCCACCAGGUCUCUUGAAAACCCAACUCCUCCCUUCACCCCCAAAAUGGGCCGCAGGAGCAUUGAGUCCCCCAGCCUGGGGUUCGGCACAGAUGUCCUCCUCCCCCACCUCCUGGAGGAUGACCUGGGCCAGCUGUCUGACCUGGAGCCAGAGCCAGACACCCAAAACUGGCAGCAUACAGUGGGCAAGGAUGUGGUGGCUGGGCUAAACCAGAGGGAGAUUGACCGGCAGGAGGUUAUCAAUGAGCUGUUUGUGACAGAGGCUUCCCAUCUACGCACACUCCGGGUCCUGGACCUGAUCUUCUACCAGCGAAUGAAGAAGGAGAAUCUGAUGCCCCGGGAGGAGCUAGCGCGGCUCUUUCCCAACCUGCCCGAACUCAUAGAGAUCCACAAUUCCUGGUGUGAAGCCAUGAAGAAGCUCCGGGAAGAAGGUCCCAUCAUCAAAGAAAUCAGUGACCUCAUGCUUGCUCGGUUUGAUGGCCCUGCCCGAGAAGAGCUCCAGCAAGUGGCCGCCCAGUUCUGCUCGUACCAAUCCAUAGCCCUGGAGCUGAUCAAAACCAAGCAGCGCAAGGAGAGCCGAUUCCAGCUCUUCAUGCAGGAGGCUGAGAGCCACCCUCAGUGCCGGCGGCUACAGCUGCGGGACCUCAUCAUCUCUGAGAUGCAGCGACUGACCAAAUACCCACUGCUGCUGGAGAGCAUCAUCAAGUACACAGAGGGUGGCACCUCUGAGCAUGAGAAGCUCUGCCGGGCCCGGGAUCAGUGCCGGGAAAUUCUCAAGUAUGUGAAUGAAGCAGUGAAGCAGACAGAGAACCGGCACCGUCUAGAGGGCUACCAGAAACGCCUUGACACCACCUCCCUGGAGAGGGCCAGCAACCCCCUGGCAGCAGAGUUCAAGAGCCUGGAUCUUACAACCAGAAGGAUGAUCCAUGAGGGGCCCCUGACCUGGAGGAUCAGCAAGGAUAAGACCCUGGACCUCCAUGUGCUGCUGCUGGAGGACCUCCUCGUGCUGCUGCAGAAACAGGAUGAGAAGCUGCUGCUGAAGUGCCACAGUAAGACAGCCGUGGGCUCCUCAGACAGCAAGCAGACCUUCAGCCCCGUGCUCAAGCUCAAUGCCGUUCUCAUCCGCUCCGUGGCCACAGAUAAACGGGCCUUCUUCAUCAUCUGCACCUCCGAGUUGGGCCCACCCCAGAUCUAUGAGCUGGUGGCAUUGACGUCAUCAGACAAGAACACGUGGAUGGAACUCCUAGAAGAGGCUGUUCGGAAUGCCACCAGGCACCCCGGAGCUGCCCCAACACCUGUCCAUCCCCCACCCCCUGGCCCCCAGGAGUCAACCCAACAAAGCCCCAGGUCCAGCAGGGUAGGACUGGAUGACUCAGAAGUAUUCCGAAGUGACCCAGAACCAGAGGAGCUCCCUGGAGACACUGGGCCCCAGCAGAGGGUCAAAGGGAAGCAUCCAGUCCUGCUCAAGGACCCCGGGCAUGAGAGCAGCAUAGAGGAAAAGGAUCUGGAUGCCCUGCCUCACCCUUCCACGUCCUUGGAUGGAGAGAAUAGAGGUGGCAGGACAAGGGACCCCAUUGUCCUGCCCCUCCCAAGCCCCCUGUUCAUGGAAGGACUUGCUGAUGCAGCCCUACAAGAUGUGGAGAACCUGCGGCACCUGAUCCUGUGGGGCCUGCUGCCAGGUCACCCCAGGGAACCGCAGGCUGCUGGAGAGCCCGAGGAUGACCUGACACCUACACCUUCUGUCGUCAGUAUCACCUCUCACCCCUGGGACCCAGGCUCCCCUGGACGAGCUCUCACUGGGGGUGAAGAGGAGAGCACCCAGCUCCCAGGGACAGAAGGGGGCCAGCCAGAACAGGAGGAUGUGGCUCUCCGUUCUCUGGAACACCUGCCCCCACGGACCAGAAAUUCUGGGGUCUGGGAGUCUCCUGAGCUGGACAGGAGUCCAGAGGAAGAGGCUUCGAGCCCAGAGGCCACAGGAAGUUACAAAGUUGUGAGAAAAGCUGAGGUGGCAGGCAGCAAAGCUGUCCCUGCACUACCAGAGAGUGGCCAGUCAGAGUCUGAGCCACCUGAAGUGGAAGGCGGAGCAAAGUCUGCGGGGAACUGUUUUUAUGUCAGCAUGCCAGCAGGACCCCUGGACUCAAGCACCGAUUCUGCAGGGCCACCCACAGACCUCUCCCAGCCUGAGACCCUCCCGGCCUGGCAGACAGAGCCUCGGCCCCCGCUGCAGGGAGACAGUGGAGAUCAAAGGCACCCCAGCCGCUCUCCCCACAGCCUGGCCCUCAGGGACAUGGGCCUAAUCUUCCGAACCAUUGAGCAGCUCACCUUCAAGCUCAACAGGCUCAAGGACUUGGAGCUGGCCCACAGAGAGCUGCUCAGGUCCCUCGGGGGCGAGUCCUCUGGUGGCACCACGCCUGUGGGCAGUUUCCACACAGAAGCGGCUAGAUGGACAGACAGCUCCCUGUUACCUCCAGCGAAGGAACUCCUGCCCUCUGACUCCAGGGACAGCCGAGCACUGGAACCCUGCCCUGAGGACAGUGCCAGCACUCCCCUGGAAGACAGCGCGGCAGACACAACCACAUCCCCAGGACUGUAACUGUCCAUACCAUCAAAUUCUCUGCACCCCCACUCCUCCGCUAUGGACUGGCCUGAGGCAGGGCACAGGGUGGGGACACCCCAGAGCUUCUCCCGUGGUAGAGGCGGUUGAGGAGAUGGGUCUGCCAAGGGAUACCCGCAUGUUACUUGGGAGUCCAGUUUCAGUGUCUUUUCCCCUCCGUUCAGCCCACCCUUCCAAGGCCUCGGGUCUCCUCGGUCUCCUACGCAUGCUGACUGCAUCCGAAAGGCCUCCCUCAUCCCACACACACUUGUCCACUGGUGUGCGUGGAUACCCUCAGACAUGCAAAUGAAAGGGAGAAGCUUCUGUGUAAAUGCACUUUCUUCCCCUCCCUUUCUCCACAGGACCCCAAGGCUGAGGGAGGUACCACCACCUCUCCUCUCUGUCACUUGGUCUCCUGUAAAUAUGUAUGUAUUGUAUGUGCAUCUUUGCUAUUGUAAAUAACUUUGGCCUUUUAUGUUCCUGUUCCUGGAGUGCUGGAGGCAGCCACAGAAGCCACUGCUAAAGGAAAAGGAGGUUCACUGGCGCCUCCUGGUUAACACCCAGCUCCAGGAUCGGGGCCUGAAGGUUGAGCCAGCCCCGAGUGUCCCAGUCCCCUGUGGGCCCAGCUAGCUCAGGAGUCUGGUCUCUACCGCUGGGAGCCAAGCGACUCCCUCCCCACUAGGACUUCUCAUCUUCAGGGGAAUUUCUCACCCUACCUGUGUCUUCCUUUCCCCACCCUUUUCCUUACAGAAAACGAGUGUAUCAGGUACGGAGCUAAAAACUGGGCCCCAGGAAGGAGGAGAGGUAGAGGGUUGGAAUGCUGGAGUCCCUAAGUUCACCCAGGACCGUCCCCAGGAGCCAGUGCAACGUUUACCCCUGUUCUGUGCUCACAACGCUCCCCACUGACUAAUAGAAUAUACACACUGUGCUAGGUGUAUAUAUACAUAUAUAUAAAUAUAUAUAAUAUAUAAAAUAUAGAUAUGGAAAUGACUGUUUUGCUGUUAAAAUAAUGUAUACUCUUUAUUUUCUUCCUUUCAUGGUUAAGAUUUUUUUUUAAGAAAAGUUAAAUAUUCUUCAACUGUA